AUGCUAUUUAAACAAUGGAAUGAUCUUGCGGAGCCUAGACAUCAGUUGAUGUCUCCAUCUUUGUCCACUAACAUUGAAUCAUUACAAUUACAAAAUAUACCAGAAGUGUCAAUGACAAAUUUAAAAUAUGAAGAUUUUGAGAAUGUUAUUGUUACUACAAAGACUAUGAAUGCAUUAUUUCCAAAUAAAACACUUAAUCUUACUAAAGUAGGGGAACUUAGCUCUUCAUUGGUGUUAAAUGAAAAUGAAAAAGUGCCCACUGCAGAACAUUACUCUUGGGAUUAUAAGGAAAAUUUCCCUAAUGAAGUAGAUAUUUAUUCUCAAGAGGCCAUUGAAUCAGAGAUAGGAUCUAAUGAAUCAAAAAAAUACAAUUUUCAAAUACCGAUCAUGGCAUAUGACAAAACGUUAUUAAUUUCCAUUGAGGAAAAUUUCAUUAAGAUGUCUCCCAUUUUCAGUAACUUAACUGCAGAAAAGAUCCUGAAAGUAAUAUUAACUUUUUGCAACUCAAAUAUAGGUAUAUUAACACUUGGUACCUCUGAUAGAGUUGCAGCCAUUAGAAAAUUAACACCAGAAAAUAGUACGUUGGUGGCUCCAGAAUUUAUCACAGGUUUUGUCGGUAGUUUUAUUUCUCAACUUGUCAUUUUGGAAGUUCCUAACUACAAAGCUGUUAUCGUUCCUAGCGAAGGACCAAUAGGUUUCGAAAAGCUGUCUAUUGAGACAAUAAGUGAAUUAAUUGAUAUUUGUAAAGAAAAUCUAAAUAUAAAUGACCCUAAAUAUUCCAAUGAGUCUCAUCGUCUGUGGAAGGUUGCAGGGUCAGCUAUGGGAGCACAAACUGGAUUAUAUAUAUAA